CAGUUUUAUCUUGGAAUAAUAAAAGUAUUAACGUCAAAAUCGAUGAUGCUGUAGUUUUGAAUUAUUAUAGUCAAUAAAAACAUUAACCAUGUAUACAAUGGAGAGACAUUUACAAGACAGAGACCGGGUCGGUGUACACGACGCGGUCCUAUUGGAAGAUUUUCAAAGUGAAGACGUUUUUGUGGAAAAUCUUCAGAAAAGAUUCAACGAAAAUGUCAUUUACACAUACAUUGGACAAGUGCUAAUUUCUGUGAAUCCCUACAAAGAAAUCAACAUUUACGGCCCGAAAGACGUAAAGGCGUAUGAUGGCAAACACUUUUUUGAAGUACCACCACAUGUGUUUGCCAUUACUGAUACAUCGUAUCGUGCCUUGAAAGAGGAGCAAAUAGAACAAUGCAUCUUGAUUUCCGGUGAGUCCGGUUCUGGAAAGACAGAGGCCUCCAAGAAAGUUCUUCAAUACAUUGCUGAAGUGACUGAUCAUAAAGGCGAAGUUGAGAGGGUUAAAAACAAGUUAUUGGUGUCAAAUCCAGUGUUGGAGGCUUUUGGUAACGCCAAAACGAACCGAAAUGAUAAUUCUAGCAGAUUUGGAAAAUAUAUGGACAUACAAUUUAAUACUGAAGGUAAUCCACAAGGAGGAAACAUUUUGAAUUAUCUACUGGAAAAGUCCAGAGUUAUCAGUCAAGUUAAAGGUGAAAGGAACUUCCAUAUCUUCUACCAACUACUCAGCGGGGCUGAUGAAGAACUACUCAACAAACUAAGCUUAAGAAAAUCGCCAGAAUCAUAUUACUUCUUAACCCAUGGAGACAAAUCCAACGUGGAAAACAUAAACGACCAGAAGAACUUCCGAGAAGUAACCGAGGCCCUGUCGACCCUGGACUUCACUGAGAAAGAGCAACACGACAUGUUCUCAAUUGUGGCCGCCAUUCUGCACUUGGGCAACAUAGGGUUCGUGGAGCAUGAAGCGGGUAAAGCGAAAGUUUCCAAGAGCGAGGCCGUCGAGAUUGUGGCGAAGCUGAUGGGAUGCGACGAAGCUGAGCUGAGAGAAGCUUUGACCCACAAGACCAUCGAAACUGUGAGGGACUUGGUGACGAGUCCGUUGAACAGGGAACUGGCCGUUUACGCUAGAGACGCCUUAGCCAAGGCUGUCUACGAUAGGUUGUUUAGUUGGCUGGUUAGUAGAAUCAACGACUCCCUGCAAUCUGGUAGCAAGAGAAAAAAUGUGGUUAUCGGUAUCUUGGAUAUUUACGGGUUUGAAAUCUUCGAAAGGAACAGCUUUGAGCAAUUGUGCAUCAACUUCUGCAACGAAAAACUUCACCAGUUGUUCAUCGAUUUAACGUUAAAAUCCGAACAGGAAGAAUACAUGAAGGAAGGAAUAAAAUGGGAGAAAAUCGAGUAUUUCGACAACUCAAUCAUUCUUGAACUAAUCGAAGAAAAACACAAAGGUUUAAUCGCCUACAUGGAUGAAGAAUGUCUAAGACCUGGUGAUCCAAACGACACCACCUUGAUAAACAAAUUCAACACUUACUUGAGUGGCCAUAAUCACUAUAUUAGCCACAAAAAGGCCAGCAUUAAAGUUCAGAAAACCAUGGGACGAGAUGAAUUCCUGAUAAUUCAUUACGCUGGCCACGUUACCUACAACGUAAAAACUUUCAUCGAGAAAAACAACGAUUUGCUUUUCCGCGAUUUAAAAGAAGCCAUGUCCAACUCAUCCAACAGUAUUCUUAACACUGUCUUCACAAAGUCCGAAGUUCUCAACAAGAAAAGACCAGACACUGCCAUCACCAAAUUCAAGAACUCUCUGAACAAUUUGAUGGGGAUAUUAAGGGACAAGGAGCCGGCAUACAUUAGAUGCAUCAAGCCCAAUGAUAUUAAAAAAUCAGGUAUGUUCGAUGAAGACCUGGUGAAGCACCAAGUGAGAUACCUAGGCCUCAUGGAAAAUCUUCGCGUGAGAAGAGCAGGUUUUGCCUACCGUAGAGUAUACGAACAAUUCCUGCACAGGUAUAAGUGCCUUAGCGAGGAAACGUGGCCAAAUUACCGCAAGGGAUCGGCCAAAGAUGGCGUACAGGCGCUUGUCAAGUCCCUGGGGUACACCGAUGGGGACUACCAAAUGGGCAAGACGAAGAUUUUCAUUCGUCACCCCAAGACUUUAUUCGACACUGAAGAUGCUUUCCAGGAGAGGAAGAACUUUGUUGCUGCCAUAAUUCAGGCGUCCUGGAAGGGUGUUGUGCAACGCAGGAGGUUUUUGAAGAUGAGGGAAGCUGCCAUUGUUAUGCAGAAGUAUGUUAGAAGGUUCAAUGCCAUCAGGGCUGCGAGGAGACGUAGACAAGCAGUUGCCACUCUUAGAAAGUUUAUCAAGGGUUUCAUAACGAGAAACGAUGCACCAAACGCUGACAACGCGGCAUUCGAACAGAUUGCGAAAGCACAGUACUUGAACAGGUUGGCCAAAAACUUGCCAGCGAGUUUAUUGAACAGAACGUGGCCUAAGCAUCCAUACGUUUGCAAGGAAACUUCGGAAAUCUUGUACAAAAUGCAUGGCGCGUACCUUUCCAGAGUUUACAGGCUCAAUUUGGACCCUGAAAUGCUGAAACAGUUUGAAAUGAAAGUUUUGGCUGAGAAAUUGUUUAAAGAUAAAAAGAAGAAUUAUCCGCAAACUAUUUGCAAGAAGUUUGUUCAAGAAAGACUUUCAGGACCUAAUACUGCCACAGAUGGGCUCCAGACUCUUAUGAAUGGUGACAAAAAAUUGUACUUAAGUGAUGUGGUAAAAUAUGACAGACAUGGUUACAAACCAAGAAACUACACAAUCCUAAUAACAAACCACAAUUUCUAUGUGCUGGACCUGACCAAAGGAUUAAAAGUAAAACACUCGUUAAAUCUAAAAGACCUUCAAUUUUUGGUGACUUCAGAAAAUGACAAAAUGGUGUUGGUUAUAUUACCUGAAGACUUGUAUAAAAAACAAAAAGGUGAUAUUAUCCUAGAGGUUCCCAAUUUAAUUGAAGCAAUGACCACUAUAGUAUAUUCAACCAAGAAAAAUAGCCAAUUGACUGUUAUAAGCGAGUCACCAAUCAAACAUACAAUGAAACAGGGAAAAACAGGUUUUAUCGAUGUUACAGUUGGACAGCCUCAAAAUAUACACAAGGACAAAAAUGGGCACCUUUUAAUUGUGGCAUCCCCUUCAUAACAAAAGUAUUAUUAUGUAAUUAUUACUUAAAAACAGUGAUUUUAAUUUAGCAAUAGGUGCCAUUUUGUUAUAUUUAUUACCGAGCUUCCACUAAAAUAAAAAUAUUUAAAAUAAACAUGUUUUAUUUCCUUUAAUACAAACAACAUUAUUAGCUUAAAACUUACUUAAUACUCAACAAUUCACUUAUUUACUUGACCCAGCUUUAGAAUUAUGUGCGGCUACAGCUUUCUGUGCGUUUGACAAUGAUUUUUGUCCGCUUUCCGAUCUUUUCCUCAUUUCUUCCUCCACUGCUUUAUUCACUGUUUUACUGAUGAUCUGUUUUAUUCUUUGCGUCUCUUCCGACUUCUUUUUUGGCACUGGACGGUCUACAAAUUACACAAUUAUGAGAUUUACAGCAAGUUAUUAGUUAAUUUUACUCACUGGCUCGUUUAGUAUUCGCACCGCCUUUUUGCUUUUUAGUUUUUGCGUUGGGCACCUUUGUUUUUACUUUUAUUUUGCCUUGUGCCAUUUUGCUGAAUUUCAAAACACGCCACUGUCAAAAGAUUGAGGUUGGGAAUCUUAA